CUGUCUCGGGUAGGCAGUCUCGGGGCGAGGUCGCUGUCCGUGGGUGCCGAAUGUGAGUGAUCUGAACCCGCACAGGACUGCUGCUGCUCUCUGUUGUCCAAACCCGGAGCCUUUUGGCAGUGAGGUCGCUCACCGCUCUUCUGGGGCCCACCAUGAGACGCUUGGGCUCCGUGCAGCGGAAAAUGCCGUGUGUGUUUGUGACGGAGGUGAAAGAUGAGCCUUCCGCCAAAAGGGAGCAUCAGCCAUUUAAAGUUUUGGCAACUGAAACUGUAAGUCACAAGGCAUUAGAUGCAGAUAUAUACAGUGCAAUUCCAACAGAAAAAGUGGAUGGAACAUGUUGUUAUGUUACUACCUACAAAGAUCAGCCAUAUCUUUGGGCUCGACUAGAUAGAAAACCCAACAAAAAAGCUGACAAAAGAUUUAAAAAUUUUCUACAUUCCAAAGAAAACUCAAAAGAAUUUCUUUGGAAUGUUGAGGAGGAUUUCAAACCUGUUCCAGAGUGCUGGAUACCAGCAAAGGAAAUAGAAAAAUUAAAUGGAAAUCCAGUACCUGAUGAAAAUGGACACAUUCCUGGUUGGGUACCGGUGGAGAAAAACAACAAACAGUAUUGCUGGCAUUCCUCUGUAGUUAAUUAUGAAUUUGAAAUUGCUCUGGUACUAAAGCAUCAUCCGGAUGAUCCUGGACUUUUGGAAAUUAGUGCAGUGCCACUGUCGGAUCUCUUAGAACAAACAUUGGAGCUUAUAGGAACAAAUAUCAAUGGAAACCCCUAUGGGUUAGGAAACAAGAAACAUCCAUUACAUCUUCUUGUACCACAUGGAGCAUUUCAAAUAAGAAAUUUGCCUACAUUGAAGCACAGUGAUCUGUUGUCCUGGUUUGAAGGUUKCGAAGAGGGUAAAAUUGAAGGAAUAGUAUGGCAUUGCCAUGAUGGCUGCUUAAUUAAGGUCCAUCGCCAUCAUCUUGGUUUAUGCUGGCCAAUUCCAGAUACUUAUAUUAAUUCAAAACCCGUUAUUAUCAACGUGAACCUGAACAAAUAUGACUAUGCCUUUGAUGAUACCAAGUGUUUGUUUAGUCAUUUUUCAAAAAUAAAUAAUCAGAAAUUUGGUAGGCUCAAAGACAUAAUAUUUGAUGUAUAAAAUGAAAAUGUAAUUAAAAUUACUUUUGUAUGUUCAAAUCUUGAAUAUUCUGCCAUGUUAAAAGGUAAAACUGAGGUUUACUGUUGUGUACUAUGAAACAUCAGUGUCUUCUGGCAUUUGAAGAAAUUAAUUUUCCUCUUGGAAAUACCUAUUCAGAAUCAACACAUUAAUUUUAACCUCUGGACAUAAAAAAUGUAAAAAUGAACAGUAUGCUCCCCAAGCUUGUAUAACUUGAUUCUAUCCAAUGUAACUGGGUKGUAAAUUUAAAGGCAACAAUUAAACCAGUAAUUUUUUUUUAAUCAAUACAUUAAAUACCUUGAGCUCAAUUUAAUCCUCCUAGACAUUUAACAAAAUGUAUGUCUUAAUCUUAUAACUUAAUGGUUGUAUGUACAGAUCAUAGUAUUUGACAAUCUUAAUUGUUAAAUAUGUAUAAAUUCAAAAAUAUAUUUUUCUAAUAAGUUGAAAAUUUUCUAUAAUUUACUAAAACUUCCAAUUUAAGUAAAAGUAGAACAUAUUGAGAAGGAAAGUCUUUAGUUCACGGAUUUGCUUGAUUACAGAUGAAACUUAUAUAAUUAA